CAAUGAUCCUCUUAUGUGUUCCUCCAGUUUAAAAGCUGCGUUCACAAAUCACCCAUGUAGGAGCCUCACCCGCUCACAAUGUUUGCUUCCUCUUUCAAUCCCGCUGUCCGGCCUCCCUCCCGUGGUGGAGCAGCCAAGAAUUAUUUCCUCCCGGUCCCGUCGGGCUUCUCUCUCCAGGUCUUCAAGGCCCCGACGAUGUCUGCACGUCCAUAUGCAGCGAAAGUCGACUCAGACUACCGUCCUAUGACACGGGCGAACUCUCAAUCCAGACAACAGUCUGGACACGUUCCUCGCCAGCAGGAACCCACGAGGAAGCUAUUAAAGGCUCCUCCGCCCGAGGAGCCAGGCUUCGCUAAGCGAUCGUACGAGCACAAGCCUAGCUCCGGGAGAUACGCUAUUCACGCCGGACCUGUGCCCGACACAUACAUUUAUGAGCGCUCGAUAUCGUCCAAGGCUGGAUACCCCUACUCGCCUUCUGACGUGACGAGCGAAUGCGACUCCAUAUUCUCAGUCAACACACAGAUCUCCUCCGGCUCAUCGAGCAGCAGCGUCACGGAUAGCCCCCCAAAUACACGGAUGCUUCAAAUCAGAGCUGCCUCGCCAAGCUCUGAACAAUUACGUUCGCGUUCACACCACCCCAGGGGUAUGUCGACUUUCCCACUAGGGCAUUCGUGCCCCUCAUGUGGUGAGGCGAGUCCUCCGCCCAGAACAUCAUCCAUGACUGCUAAUAAGGGGAACCACAUCCCUUAUCCUUCACGUCCACUCCCUACGCCCCCAGUGAGCGCCAGAGUACGUAAGGACAGCAUUCUCCUGGCGAGCGAACGCUCUAUUAUGUCAUAUGACACCCGCCAGCACUCGACAUCCCUGAAGCAUGGUGAACGCGUGCCGUUCCCGGCUCCACCGGUAGAUGAGCAAGGGAGAAACAGCAUGGGCAUGCAGCCAUCGCGCUCAUCGUCCCUCAAGGGGAACCUCUCUAUUACCAUCCCACCACCUCCGGGCUUAGAUUUGGUCCCCGGUGGUCAUUACGAGUACCCUCCCGUUCAGGGACCCGUGCUGGACACUGAACCACAUCGCCGGAAUUUUGAUGGCGACCAUACACAGGCCUUGCCGCAGCGGGCGUUGUGCCCCGCUGCAGUUGCACGGUCUGUGCGGUGGUGCAAUGAUUUGAUAUGUCCAUCGCCUAUAUUCCCGAAUCAGAGAAGGAAGGGAUGGUUCAAUCGCAGAGGAGACCAGCUAUGGCGAAACGAUGGUUGCUACCGGACACCAGCACCACAAGACGCAUACCCUCCUGAUCUUGAGGGCUAUCCAGAACCCGGAAGUGGGUGGCAGAAUGAGGAAGGAACUCGCAUUGACAUCAGUCAUCGUUUGAUACCCAAACCUCCCCUGCGCUCUGUAUUGAAGCCAACGAAUUAUAAAUGUCAGGAUGGUAUUAUCGCUGGUUACCUCACCGCCGCCCCCUCCUCGCCGACCUCUGACGACGAGUGACAAUCGGAUGCAUCAUGAGUCCGCUGCCCCGCUUCAUCAUUAUCUAAUACGGACGCUAUGCAAAGCUCUCUCCGAUCAACUUUUCGCUUUCGAUGUUUUAUUCGUUCAGGUGUUCUCCGCCACAUUUUAUC